AUGGAUGAUUCCAUCAGUUUUGUUUAUCCUAUGUUAAAACCGUCAGGAUCAAAACGAAGGCGCGAGACUGCCGCGGUGCAUCCUGGUUCGCUAAAUUCGCACUUUGCGAACACAAAGUGGAACGAUUGAACUCGAGCGUCUGCUGUUAUCAAACGAUGGGUGAGUGUGCAGAGGCUCUGCGCACGCGCAGUGGAAACCCCGGAGCCGCAGGAGAUCAGCGCUGAAAAGUCCUGGAUUCACUCAUGAGCACCAAAGUGAACAUGGAGGCUCGAUGCAAAGAACCCGACUGCACCGCCAUCGACCCUUCGUCGUCCUCUGCCACUGAGACCAUCCUCAUAUGCGGCGGUGACAGCUCAGUCAAAAAGAGCCGACCUCAGCCCCACACCACCACGGCUCUCCUCCUGCCGGCUCCCAGUCAUCAGAAAGUUGAGUUGACCCCCACUGUUGCAGUGGGAAACGCAGGCAAAGGCAGCAGGGCCAACGACAUGGCUAAAACCGCUCUAACAGCUCAGAUGGGCACGGCUUGCAGCAUCGUACACGUCCUCGAGUGGAAGGAAGGGAUGGCCAUUCUGCCCAGUAGUAAUCUGAAGUUUUGUGUUAGUGACGUAGGAACUCUGAGCACACUUAUAACCCCAGGAACCACCGGCGGUCCCACUGACCCUGCAGUGGGUUCUUCAGGAAGAUCCAACAAUGCUGAAAACCCUCCAGACAAGCCAGUGUUGACGUCGGUACCAGAGGUCUCUGCACCAGUCGGCGCUUUGAGAGCCGAAGCAGUGGAGCCACAGCGGUUGGUGUCAGUCAAGCCUGAUGUCCUGGGUGGACCAGGGACACUAAACCACAACCCCAGAGCUCAGAAACUGCCCACAGAGGAGCUACGCAGGGACCCGAUCCCUGACAAGAGAAGCGUCAGCAUCGAGAAGGUUCCAGCAGGGGGAAAAGUCACGUCUCUUAACCCAGACCACCUAAAAGCCAUGAGGAAGAGGAAGAGGAAGGAAUACCUGAGUCCAUCUGAGGAAGACUCCGACAUGGAAGGCACAAAUGAAAAGAUGGAUGACGGUAAAAUGGACAGUCGACACAUCAGAGGAGGAGGGGACAGUAAAACAGAAGAGUGGACAUGGGCUCAGUAUCUGGAGGAAACCAAAGCUGUCGCUGCUCCGAGCAAGCUCUUCCAAGAGACGCAGAGGGUGCCUACAGUGAAGAACGGUUUUAAGCAGGGAAUGAAGCUGGAAGGCAUCGAUCCGCAGCAUCCCUCCAUGUACUUCGUCCUCACUGUUGCCGAGGUCUGUGGUUACCGGCUGCGGCUGCAUUUUGACGGCUACUCUGACUGUCAUGACUUCUGGGUGAACGCCAACUCCCUGGACAUCCAUCCUGCUGGCUGGUGUGAGAGCACAGGACACAAACUGCACACGCCCAAAGGAUGUAAAGAAGAAGAGUUUACUUGGACCAACUACCUGAAAAUGACUAAAGCUCAAGUGGCUCCUAAAGAGCUGUUUUCCAGUCCUGGCAGAAUUGAUGUGAAUUGUGGCUUUGAGAUUGGAAUGAAGCUGGAGGCGGUUGACCGCAUGAACCCUUCCCUCAUCUGUGUAGCAACGGUCACCGACGCCGUGGACAACCGCUUCCUGGUUCAUUUUGACAACUGGGAUGACACAUACGACUACUGGUGUGAUGCCAGUAGUCCAUACAUUCAUCCCAUUGGUUGGUGCCAAGAGAGGAACCUCCCCCUUACGCCGCCCCAAGACUAUCCAGACCAAGGUCGGUUUUCCUGGUGUCUGUAUCUGGAGGAGACGGGUGCCAAAGCUGUAGCUGCAGAGGUCUUUAAAGUGAGAGCACCUCACAGCUUUCAGCCUCAGAUGAAACUUGAGGCUGUGGACAAGAGGAGCCCGGGUCUGAUAAGAGUGGCCACAGUGGAGGAAGUUGAGACGCAUCGCAUUAAGAUCCAUUAUGAUGGCUGGAGUCAUGUCUACGACGAAUGGAUGGACUCGGAUCACCCGGACAUUCAUCCCGCCGGCUGGUGCGAAGCGACUGGUCACCCUCUGAAAGUUCCUCCGCGGGACAACAAAACGCAGCAACCUCAAGGUGUGAGGGAAUUUCCAGCUACAGGCCAGUCCAGCUACCCUUCCUCUGUUUCCUGUAAACCUAUCAGCCACCAGAGAACAAGCAAGUACAGCUUCCACAACAGGAAGUGUCCAACUCCCGGCUGUGAUGGUUCAGGUCAUGUGACCGGUCGUUUCACCGCCCAUCACUGCAUUUCCGGCUGCCCGUUGGCCGAGCGCAACCAGGGCCGGCUGAAGGCCGAGCUGUCGGACUCGGAGUGCAAGAGAAACCUCUUCUUUGGCCAGAGGAGCAAGAAAAAUCAUUACCGUGGCAGGUACAGGAUUGGUCGUCCCCCAAAAUACAGAAAGGACCAACAAAGAGAGUAUCAGAGUAUGUCUUCAGAGGGAGUUUAUUCAUCGCUGUUCAUGUCCGCUCUGAGCGGCCAGUCGGACCGCGCUCUGUCUCUGUGCUGGGAGCAACACUGUAAGCUUCUGCCGGGUGUUCAGGGCAUCCAUGCCAGCCAGGUGGCAGCAUGGAGUGUCGAGGAGGUCUUCAGGUUUGUCCAGAAUCUGAUAGGCUGUGAAGAGCAAGCUCGUCUCUUCAAAGAAGAGAUGAUCGACGGAGAAGCGUUCCUGCUGCUGACUCAGACCGACAUUGUGAAGAUCAUGAGCAUCAAACUAGGCCCCGCCCUCAAGAUUUCCAACGCCAUCCUGAUGUUUAAGACCACGGAUGAGGGACUAAAGUGAUCCCACCCUUUGCUGGCUGUGGAGGAGCAGAGGUGUCAGUCAUCAUGUGCCAAAUUCAUUCUGUUGCAGGGUAAACUCCCUGAGUACUUUUUCAUGUGUUUGGUGUCCCGUGCCCAUCAGAGAGAAGGAGGGGGAAAUGGGGUUCAGUCAGGGAAAAAAAUAAUGCUGUGAAUAGAAAAAAAACUACUAAAGGAAGGGAAAAAUAUGGUAAUGGGGGUUGUUUUUGAGAAAAACUGGUGCAAUGGCUUUCCCUAAUGAUGUCUUAUGUUUCUGAAAACCCUAAAACAUCAACGUCAAGCGUUUUACAGCUGUGGCACAUCUCCUGUCUGUGGAACGCUUGGCCAAAACCCAAAGCACAUUUUCAGACACAUGUCGGGAAGCUGAAUUCAAGCCGAAAGUUGAUGAUAAUUGAAAAUUGGAGCUAAAAUAAAUGAACAAUCUGAAAGAAAAAGAUGUGUGUAGUGAUGGGCUUAAAAUUGAGCUAUAGUUGGUACAUCUGUGGACGUCGUUGGAACGCAUUUUGGACAGGAAGGAGAAUAUCAGUUUAAAAUCAUAGAUGCAGGAACCAAACUAGACUCAGAAUAUAAGAUGCGACGUGAGAGAACAGGACUGUUGACUAACAAUAAAAAAAAGGUUCAAUACAAUCAGUCAGGUUGCUGCAAGCCUUAUGCAUUGUGCAAUAAAGGAAGAGAAGUACUGUAUUCAAAAGCACUUAAAAGGACAGCUCCAUGACGAUUGCACUGUAGCCGCAUAAUUGGAAAAUAGAAUUAUUCUGUAUUAUUCAGGUUAUUAUUUUUUUUGUGGAGAAAAGUAUUAUUCAUCUGUGAAUUGCAAUUAAUGCUUAAGCUAAUGUUACCGAUGAAAAUGUUACCGUUUGCUCUUGACUAGGAGAAAAAGAAGCAAUGCAGGGUUUCACUUUUAAUGUCUACAUAAGAUUUAUUUUGUUUUUAAUAUAGUUGGAACGAGUAAAGCAACCUUUUGCCAUUUUAGCACAAUUGUAAAACCAAAUUGAUUUUAACGAAUGGUAUUUCCUGUUUGGUCACUAGAGAGUGCAAAAAUCCAGAUUUCUUUGUACUAUAAAUGUGUUUUGGUAUCUGAUCAGUGGAGCUCUCCACUGUUUACAUGUAAUGAACACUCGGUUCAGAGUGUUUUUAUGUUUACAGUUUAUGUCAGAGUUGGUAUGAAAAAAAUUGUAUGGGGUUUAUAUUGUGGGGGGAAAAGUUGAAUGUUUUAAGGGCUCUUGGAGUAUUAAAUCUGCGUGUCUCUCUGAUGGGAUUUGUAUGUCUGUCGAGAUAAUCUUGAGUCACAAAUACCAUUCAAUCAAUAUCAAUAAACAUCAAAAAUGUCUUGUCUAAAUUA